AUGGACAUGGAUGGCAUGGAUAUGAGUGGCAUGGACCACUCCCAUAUGUCCAUGGGCGAUGGGGAACCCGACCUGUUCUAUGUCCAGCGAAUGUACUGGGCCGUUGUUGGGAGCGCCAUUGCUGCUGGAACAGUUGUGAACCUGCUCAACCGCUUCUUAGCAUAUCAAAGGUUGCGCGACUCGACCCUUACCCCGUCAAAACCAAAAUCGCUACUAUUCAGAUCCUAUGCCACAGUAACUGCCAUAGUCCGCGAAGCCAGCUAUGCGACUCUACCUCCAGUGACCAUUCGCGGUCGAUCUUUUCACUUUGCUCCCCUGGGCCCUGUGGCCAUCAUUCUGGCCAACCUCGUGGUGGUCCUCGUGUUCUGCUUCUACAAAUUAGAUACAAUGGACCAAUGGAAAUGGGAAAACGUCGGUUAUCGGACCGGCUUUGUCACCAUCGCUCAAUUACCCUUGAUCUUUCUGCUGGCGGGAAGACAAAACCUUAUCGGCAUGUUCGUAGGUAUGAGCUACGAACGUCUGAAUUGGUUCCAUCGCUGGAUCUCUCGGACUCUGUGGUUGACAGCGACGAUCCACAUGGGCUUCUGGUUCCGAAGCUGGGGUCGAUACGACUACAUCACCUAUCAGCUGCAGAAUGAUGUGCUUACGCAAAGAGGCUUUGCUGCAUGGUGCAUCCUGACAUUCAUUGUCAUUUCAUCUGCGGCGCCAGUCAGACGACUGAGCUACGAGCUAUUUGUUUUACAGCAUCUAGUCACCUUUGUUGGAUUCAUCGCUGCUGUCUGGCUUCAUGCACCGGACGAAGUUAAGGUCUGGGUGUGGAUGCCGAUAGGAUUCCUAGUUUUUGAUCGAGUGGCUCGGUAUGCGUGGGCAACGUACGCCAACCUUUCAAUUUUCCAUCCCUCGAAGCCGAAGCAGCAUUCUCUCUGGGCCAAUCGCGCCACUUUUACGCCAUUACCGGGAAACGUGACUCGGGUCACCAUCGAGAACCCUGGUGUAGGGUGGAAGGCUGGGCAGCACGUAUUCCUCACUUGUCAUUCAGUGGUGCCCUUGCAGAGCCACCCGUUCACCAUUGCUUCGAUUCCCGAGGACAACAAGAUGGAAUUUCUGGUACGAGCCGAGAAGGGUGGUACACGACGAUUCUUUCGGUAUGCGUCCAAGCACCACCACAUCCUUGGCUCCGGAGAAACUUCAUCUGCGCAACGGCCGCGUACGGUCUUCAUCGACGGUCCAUAUGGGACCAUCCGACCCCUCACGCAAUUUGACAGCGUCGUUCUACUCGCGGGUGGUAUGGGAGCGACUUUCGUCAUUCCCUUGCUUCGAGACAUCGUUGCCGGAUGGAAGACAGAAUGUCUACAAAGCAGCGGAGCCUCCGGGAAAGCAACACGCAGCCGCCUUGUCGCAACCAAGCGCAUCCGAUUUGUAUGGGUGGUCAAGUCUCGUGCCCAGCUCAGCUGGUUCGAAACACAAAUCCAGUCAGUCUUAUCGGACGUCAAAGAGUGCCAGCGAGUCCAGCCGGAUUUGAUCAGAGAAAUCGACGUGAGCAUCUAUAUUACUUGCGAUGAGAAGCUGGAGCAGCUCCCCCAGAAGACGGCCUGUCUCCCACCGCAAUCCCAACCCACCGAAUCCCCCAAGAUCAUCGAGACUCGAAACGACAAAUCUUGGGAAAAGGACAACGUCUCUAUCCGCUCAAUCUCGGGGACAAGUUCAAGCGAACAGGCCACCGGCUGCCUACCUGGCGGCGGCUGCUGCUGCACCGCGGCAGUGGAAGACGAGGAUGAAAUCACCGAGCAUAAAUGUACCUGCUCGGGACACAGCGCGGCAGCGCGACCUUCAGAGCCAGCAGCAGCAACGCCUAGCGCUGCGGCAGACGAAAAACCCAAGCCCGAAUCAUCAUCACAAUCGCAACCCCUCAACCUUCUCUCCGGGCGACCCCAGCCCCGCACCAUCAUCCGCAAGGUCCUCGAGAAGGCCGAAGGCGAGAGCGCCGUCGUCGUCUGCGGACCAGAGGGACUCUCGGAUGACGUACGCCGGAGCGUGGUCUACCUCAGCGACGAACGGGCAGUGCACAAAGGCACAGGAGCGCAGGGGAUAUACCUACAUGUGGAAACCUUUGGAUGGUGA